AUGGCUGACGUGCAGGAGAUCUUGAAGAAGAAGUUCGGCGGCGCCGCCCCUGCGCGCACUGGUGGCAAGGGUACCCCCAGACACAAGCAGAAGCGCAACGUCGCCCGCAGCGCCAACGAUGACAAGAAGCUCCAGACCACCCUGAAGAAGCUGAACGUCCAGCCCAUCCAGGCAAUUGAGGAGGUCAACAUGUUCAAGUCCGACGGCAACGUCAUCCACUUCUCUGCCCCCAAGGUCCACGCCGCUGUUCCUGCCAACACUUUCGCCAUCUACGGCAACGGCGAGGACAAGGAGCUGACCGAGCUCGUCCCCGGCAUCCUGAACCAGCUCGGCCCCGACUCCCUGGCCUCGCUCCGCAAGCUCGCCGAGAGCUACCAGAACAUGUCCAAGGAGAACAAGGAGGGCGCCGAUGACGAUGAUGACAUCCCCGACCUGGUCGCCGGCGAGAACUUCGAGAGCAAGGUCGAAUAG